UAAUCUUGAAACCCUUGUUCUUCUCUCUGAACGUGAAGCUGAGCUUACUUCCUAACAUUACAAGCCUAGUCCCUGUGCCAUACUGCUAGCGUUAUCGUUGUGCAAAACAGCCCGCCAGCAUGCCUGUUGAUGUUGCCGAUAUGUCUUGUCCUAAGCUUCUCAGACCCGAGGCCUGUACUGGUGAUGUCGUCCGGCCCCAGCCUGUUAAGUAUGGAGGGCGGUUUUCUCCUCCAUCAGACUUGGUGAAGCACAGUAGUUGUCUUCGGUCCUGUAGUAGAGGAGACAACGAUAUUGGCUCCGAGCUCCUCGAUAUUUUCUUAUCGAAAAGCGAUGGCGGUGGAAGUUUCAGCUCGUUGGCGUUCACACCACCUUGUAGAUCCAGCAAUCCGCUUAUUAGAGACAUUAACUUCGUACAGUCGAACUCGCCAUCGGCGAACAUUUUCCCAGUUUCCUGUCGGGUUUCCGCAGCCGUCGCACCUGUUCGCAGGGUCGAGGGGUUUUUCUCCCCUCGCGUUUUUGACAGCGGUUGCCCCAGCUCAUCUGGUAUACUAUAAAUACCUGGGACGCUUGGAGAGGAGGAGAUUGGGUGCAGAGUGCAAUCAUGUUGUCGUGGGAGCUCCUGCAGCCGUCAGCUUCAAUCCUUCAAGCGUCUGGAGGGUUGUAAAUGCCAUUUUUGCCCUAGGAAAGACGUUAUCGUCUUCGAUUUUUGUGGCGAAAUCAGUUGCUGUAUAUAGGAUUACAGCCCUUAGUGCUAUCUGUAUGCUUAAUCAGCAAUAUAAUGUUUUGACAGAUGUAUCCAUGUUCAAUAAUGGCUGUUCGUUCGC